AUGGCGGAUCUUCGAACCGCGCUGGUGCUGGGAGGAGGCGGCUGGGUUGGCUCAGCGCUGGUCCUUGAAUUGCUGCAGCGCCGUGAGGAGCUGGGUCUGCGCUGCGUGGUGGCUGCCGAUCUCCCGACGGCUCCCUGCAGCGCCUGGCUUCGGAGUCGGACCCGGGCGUUCAUCGAGGAAGGUGUUCUGGUGGAAGCCCAGCUGGAUGUGACGGAUGCUUCCGCUGUACGUGGGAUCGUGGAGCGCUUCCCGCCCACGGCCGUCUUCAACUUGGCCGCAGCCAUCGACGUGAGGCCUGAGGCGCCUGCCGUGCGUCUGGAGGAGGUCAACGCCCAGGCGCCCAGAAACCUCGCGAAAGCGGCCGCGGGCGCCGGUGCGGUGACUUUCAUCCAUGUCAGCACCCUGGAUGUGAGCUACGCCGGCCGCGGGCACCGAAACCAGGCUCCUCAGCCUCCUGAGGACCUGCAGCUCACGUCGCCCAUCGCCUACGUGCGCAGCAAAGCCCGUGGGGAGCGCUUCAUCGCGGACUUCGCCCAAGGCCUCUCGUCAAUGAACACCAUUGUCCUGAGGCCUGGGCACAUCUACGCGCCGCUGGAGGGAACGGCGCGCUGUGCCGGGGAUGCCCUUGCAGGCUUCCUUCGGCUCUUCCCUCCUCUGCAGAUCGGCUGCCCCAGCGUGCAGAUGUCGAUGGUGUCGGUUGAAACCGUGGUGGAGGCAGCGCUGCGUGCAGCGCAGCGGGCAUCACAGUGCCGCGGCCGAUGUCUAGCUUUGAAGGACCUGGAUGCGAACUUCUUCCGGUUCUACCACAACUGCAUCCUAGGCCGGCGCAUGUGGCCACUGCGAGUACCAGGCAUCCUGGUGCUGCUUGGUGCAGGGCUCUGCGACGGCUGGUACUGGCUGGUCCGCUGGUUGCCUUGGUGGCUGCCGCUCCCCGCGUGCCUCCGAACGCGUCAUGCGAUCCAGAAUUUCUGUGUGCAGGGCACUGGCCAGGCACUGGUGGAUCUCACGAUCGACGACACGGAGACCCUUGGCUGCCUCGGCGACUACCGCCGGAGCGGUGGCUUCGCGCACGGCCCCGUC